AUGGCAGAAUUCAAGCGUCGCGCUGAUCCGAACUUCGCUCGUAUUAACCUGCUAGCAAAUCCCCAUCCCUCAUCAACCCCCGCCACCCUCUGCAAACCUGAAUACCCAGCUGAUCUAUGGUCGACUAGUCCCUCGCUUCGUCGCACGAAUACCUUAGUGCAUAGCUCAGGUUUUUCACAACCAGAAAUCUACCAUCAUUAUAGCUUGUUCUAUUCUUAUCUCCCCAUGUGGUCCCUUCCGCGCUUAUUCAAAUGUGCUUCCAAUGUGCUGACCGAAUCAUAUCAGGUUGCUCUUCACUAG